AUGAGUAAUAGUACCUACAGCGCAAACCUGAAUUGUCUCCUCUCCUCGGUCUCCUCUAAUACAGAUACAAAUGGAUUCUAUAAUGCCUCCAUGGGAGAAUAUGCUGAUAGAGUCAACGCCAUUGCGCUCUGUAGAGGAGAUGUUCAACUCGAUAUUGUCGCAUUUGUGGAACAAAAAAUUUUAACGAGUCCAGAAGAGUUCAACUGGGAUUUGACGACAUUGUUGAACAAUCUACACAGCCAGGCAGCUUUUGGUGGUUCCCUCAAGAAGUUCGCUGCUGCGAAUAGGACCGGACCAGAUUCUUUUGACAAUUUAUGGACUUAUGCAGUGCACCCCUGA